UUUAUGAUCAUGGUGGCAUUUCUCGUGACAACGAUUGUUUGGUGGUGUAUACUAUCAUGGAAUAAACGCCAUUUGAACUUAGAAAACUUGGCCAUCGCGGCAACUGAUGUCAGCUCGCUUACGAUAUUGGCCUUAAUUGCAAACGUACCAGGAGGGUUUGCCCUACGUUGCCUUUUAUCAACAUACCUCAUUUACAUUAUUCAUAUAAAUUGCGGUUUCACGUCAAAUUUGAUUAAGGUACUUACGGUUACACGAUACCAGCACCAAAUUAAUAGCUUAGAAGAGUUGGCGGAUACCAAUCUUUCAAUAUACGUUGACAAAAGCUUCAUGAAUGCAUAUUUCGGGCAUAAUCGUUCUAGGUGUGGUCUUCAUGAAAAAUUACAAAGGUCAUUGGUUCCAAUAAGUCCAGGUCCUCGAGACCACAUUAACCUUUUGAAAAAUAUAGAUGAGCAUGGUGACCGUACUGGAAUAAUGGUAUAUACAGAUUUCGUGCAAUAUCAAUUCGUGAUAAAGAAAAAAUUGAACGUACACAUCAUUACCGACAGUAGUGUAACGGGAAGAAUGGAAUUUGCUCUGCACUAUUACCGCCAUCACCACUUUUCCCCAUACUUAAACCAUUUUCUUGAUUUAAUGAGAGAUUCUGGAAUUGGGAACAAGCAAUUAAAUGAUUAUGAAACUGAUUUUGGGAAAGAACGAGAUAUUUUCGAUGUUGAACAACCAAAGAUAGUGGUCUUAACAUUAAACCAUCUUUCUUUCACGUUUGCCUUACUUGGAAUAGGCAUCAUCAUCUCUGGAGCAGUUUUUGUAAUGGAACUUGUAGUGCACUCGUAUUCAUCUCACUAAAUAAUACACGUAUGUACUUAUAACAAUUUGCAAUUAUAUAGGUAGGUAAUAUACAAUCGUUUUGUAUACGAAGAAUUUAACUAGCUAAUAAUCGCAAUCUUGAAAAUGUACCACCUUGUGAUUUUGGAUACUUAUUGAAAUAUAGAUAUCUGCAAUUA